UAUCGUUCAUACUGCGUAAAUGAACGAUUGUAAAUAAACACUGAGAUAAUAAGUAAGAUAUACAUCUGGGAUAGUAUAACUUCAUAAACGAAAAUGGUGUUUAAAACGAUAUAUAAGUAAAACAAAAAAAGACAUAUUUAAUAAAAAGGUAUUGGGACUUUAAUUAAUUUGUUUAAAAUUUGAACAUUAUCUACUUACAAAAUAUUGAUCAGUAAUUGUAAUUGAAAACUUCUGUUGGUGACGCCGUGCCAUAAAAUGCCACCUAUAAAGAGGGCCGCUUCUUGUAAAAAGAUUCAGGAGGAUAUUUUGAGCUGUUCCAUCCAUCUAGGAACCCUGGAGCGACCCCGGGUGCUCCCAUGCGGACACAACCUGUGCGAAAAUUGCCUGAAAGACUUCCUGUCUGAGCGACAGACGGCCAUGAGAAGAAACCUAGCGGCAGAAGUGACGUGCCCGCUCUGUAGAAAAGUAAUCAACAUUUCAGACAAAACAACUCCAGUUAAUGAAUGGUUAGAGCAGUUUCCACUGAACGUUCUGAUCAUGAACAUUAUAGAGGAGGGAACCAGGAACGGAGAUGCCACAGUGACACAACACAAGUGCUCAUUGCACGAAAAUAAAGAUGCUCAGAUGUACUGCUUUGAUGACAACGAAUAUGGCUGCCUUCCCUGUUCAAGAACAAAACAUAUGUGUUGCGAGAGAAUUGUUUUUCUGAACGACGAAGAUCAAUUAAUUGAAGUAUCUAACAAAGUCCUAAAUGAGGUUGUUGGUGUUAAAGAAGAUAUAUCACAGACGAUAGAACAAAUGGGUUCUAUAAUUGAUAAUGUUGCGCUCGAAUCCGAUGCAAUCAUUGAACACGUUAGGAUAUUCAAGUUAGAAAUGGAAAGGUUGCUGCAUCAGCUUUGCGAAAAGGUUAUAAGUGAUGUAGACGAGAAACGUAAUACGGAGGUAAAACGAAUAGAUAAAUUUAGAAAUAAGUACAGAGUACAGUUUGUCGACCUAAACUCUGCGGAAUCUUUACUGCAAUACCACAUCAAUGGUGACUUGGAUAAUGGCGAUUUGCUUGUAGCUCUUCAACAAUCAAUAUCAGUUGUAUCAGAAUUACAGACUGAAAUGAAAUACGACAAGGAACCCAUACCUAUGACUUUAAAAUGGACCGCAAGUGAAUUAGUAGACCACAUAAAAAAGGAUAUGGAAGAACUUCUGCAGAAACCGGUUUUGGCAAUAGAUUCUCACAACCUAGAACCCGACAAAGAUAACCAAGCACUUGAUAUAGUUGCCGAUGCCACUGAGAGAAAUGGAAAGAAAGAGAUCUCCACAUCCUUAAAUGAUUCAAAUACAUAUAGGUCUGAAUUAGUAUCUUCAGAUUAUGCAAGCGAGAGUUUGUCUUUAUCGACGAUAUCGACAAUAAACGAAGAACAGCCGAUGUGGUUUCGAAAAGCAGAAAUAAUAGGCUUGAUCAAACCGAGGACUAAGAGUAUUGACAAAUAUGACUGCGACAUCACUGCGUGUCUCGUGACGCAAGAUGACGAAUUUUUUCUAGUUGAUCAUAAUAACAACAAUAUAAAACAGUUCGCCGGUGAAUCUGGCGAGUUUAAGUUUAAACAACACAGGCGGUUUACAGCUCGCCCCUGGGGUGCUGCAGCAUGGAAUUCAUCGGGUGAAGAAAGAAUUGUUGCGAUUUCAUUUCCUCAUGUGCAGUCAAUAGCGUGUCUUGAUUUUAACAACUCUUCAUCCAAACUUAGGUCAGUAAAAAUACAACACAGUUGUUACGGCAUCGCUAUCUUCCAUGAUUCCUUAAUUGCUACAACGUACGACGAUGGACAUUAUGUUUUAUUUCUGAAAGAAGAUUGUUCGAUUACAAGAAAGAUAUCACUAGCCGAUUCUGGAAAUCCCACUAUCAUGCGUCCGAUCUCCGUUCUUCAUAACACAAUAGAUGACAACAUUAUUGUUACAACGGAAGGUCAUUCAUCUGCAAACGGAUCUAUACUUUACAUCGACGCGGUCGGAAACAUCGUUGACACAGUUACUACGGCAAAAAUCAAACGUUGUUUUUCAUGCGAUUACGAUAAAGAUGGUAACCUAUACAUCUGUGACCGAAAGUCUUCGACGGUUUUCGUGAAAUCAAAACUAGGCGACGCAUUGAAAUCUCUAUUAACAUCAAAACAUGGAAUAAAUCAGCCUUGUUGCCUACGAUUUCUUCAAGGAAGAGUCAAAUUCGUGGUAGCAGAUGAAUCCAGUUCAGUUAAAUUGUUUUGUUUAAAUGAAAUUAUUUAACAUGAAGAGGAAACAAACCCGGACAUGGCAUGGAUAAUUUUUAAAACCACGUUUUAUUUCCUUCUAUAAACAGGUUUUGAAGAUUAGUUCGUAGUAGGUUACAGGAUUAAACAUUUUAAAAGUUUAAAUUUCGAAAAUGUUCACUGUAGCAAACAUGUGUCUUGUUUUGCGGAAAUUAAAGGAAAUAACAUCAUUAUCACUUCUAUAUAGUCUGUUAUUCAAUUGUUCAGAUAAUGCUUCUAUUCAGCUGACCUUAAACAUCGAAUUGUGUAUAUUUUGUUUCUUAAACUUUGGUGCAAAGUAUAUAAGCAUUGAAUAAACUAUUCGCUAUAGAGUAGUUAGAUAUCAGAUAUUGCUUUCCGAUCGUAUUGAUUGGUUUCGAAUGGAAUUGUUUCAAACAUAAACUCCUUAUGAUUGUAUACCGACCACGAUCAAUAUGUAAACAACGUAUGUAGUUUAAAGCUAUGAAUUGAAAUACAUGUGCAUUGGUUAUGAAUCAUUAUUAAUUCAUUGGAACAUAACUAAAUUCAAAGGUAAUGUCAUUUUCUAGUUCAUUGUUGUGAUAGUUAUUCCAAUAUUACUAUUUUGGUUUUAAACUAAGAAUUGUGAUACUACAGGUAAAAUAUCAACUUAACAAAUAUAGCUCCACUUCGGAACGACUUGUUUCUAUUUGAGUUUACAAGCCGAAGCCUCUAUUUUCAAACAUUGGGUUUAGUCAAGUUCAGCUUCCGAAGCUUGAAUGUAUGUAUUUAUUAACCCCUGUUAACUAAGCACAGUUUGCCAUUCUGUAAGCUUGUAUGGAAGUUUGAUGAGAACAUAAUUCCGUAAGUUG